GACAGUUCUUUCCCCCAUUAUCUGUUCCGGCGUUACGUCAUUUUGCGUUCUUACCUGGAUGGAAUUUUUCAGAAAUUGUAGCUUAAUUUUAAAAAACAUUGGACGUUAGAACUUUGUCAACGCAGAAACUGUCGUCUGCAUAUUACCCUUGAUUCGAAAAUCGACAUCGAGAUUCCAGCGAAAAGUGGUUAAGCUCUCAAGAAUCAUCGACUAGUAAGCGCAUUUCAUUUUCACAGUGGAUGCAGAAUUAUGCGCUUUCCAGACAUAACCUUGCCGAUCGUAUUUGCUUUAUCUCUUACAUAUAUUGGAUUCGCCUCGUCUAGUCGAGUAAGAAGGCAAAUCGUGUUCGAGAGCGACGGGCGAAGCAGUAGCCUGCCCAACUCCGACUGCCUGACUCCGGACCGCCAGUCCGGACGCUGCCUGCGCCUGACCGCCUGCACCGCCCUGAGGCUGGGGAACAAUCCCAGGCGUCUGCGCAACUAUUUCUGCGGAUUCGAAGGAGAUGAGCCUAAAGUCUGUUGUCCUGAACCCAGAGAUGACACGGGUCGAAAUGCCAUCAGUCCGACGACUACUACCACACGACGACCAGUUCGAACGAGGCGGCCAACUACUAGGAGAACGACUGCUAUUACUACUCAGAGAACAACUACGACGACCCUGCGCACAACCACGACUACACGGAGAUCUACUACAACGUCCAGAUCAAGAGUGGGGCUGUUGACGAAACCUUCUUUCUUACCAGACAGUUGUGGGGUUACUUUAUACACAAAAACUCGAGUCGUAGGGGGGCAGGAAGCGGAUAAAGGCAGUUGGCCGUGGAUGGCCGUAGUAUUUGUGCAGAAAAGAAGCGGCUCAAUGAGUCCAGAUUGCGGCGGGGCUUUAGUGACGAACCGUCAUGUGAUCACUGCGGCACACUGCGUUGUGACUGGAAGAGGAGCUAACACGAUGGAACCCAAUCAACUGCAAGUUCGUCUCGGGGCCCACGACCUCCGAAUUAACGACGAGCCUGGAGCUGUGACAGUUCCCGUGCAGUCCGUUCGGCGCCACGAGCAGUACGACCAACGCACUUACAGGAACGACAUCGCUGUGCUGCGCCUGGCUCGUCCUGUCGAGUUCACGGACAAGAUCGCGCCUGUUUGCCUGCCUUACGAUAGUCUGAGGGAUCAAGAUCUCACUGGCAAGACAUCCUACGUCAUUGGUUUUGGAACGACAGCAUUCAAUGGUCCUUCAAGUGAUGUUCUCAUGGAAGCCGGGUUUAAUAUCCAGAGUCAGGAGAUGUGCAGGAAGGCUUACGAGAAAGAACUCAAUAUCACACGGGUGUACUUGUGCGCAGGAACAGCAGAUGGAUCUAAGGACUCAUGUCAGGGUGAUUCAGGAGGUCCGUUGACGACGAUUGGCGACAAGUCUCGCUUUUACUUGGUGGGAGUCGUGUCUUUCGGAAAGUUAUGUGCUCAACCUGGAUAUCCAGGUGUCUACACGAGAGUGACAGAAUUCUUGGACUGGCUGGCAAGAAACCUGGCUGACUGAAACCAGAGGACGUUAUAACAUCCCCCCCCCCCAAUGGAACAAUACCUAAAUUAUUUUUAUAGACUUCGUGAACAAAUUGUGACAACUGCAUGGUGGAAAAGACCCAUAUUUUAGUCACAAACUGGAAUGAAGUGAAGUUGUUCUUUUAAAAUGACUUGGCAAUUCUUAAUGUGUUCCAUGAUCAUUGAUUGGAAGAAUGAAAAGGAUUCGCAGAAAAGUGUUUACGUUACUUCUGAAUGAAUCUUUUAGGUGAUUUUUAGAAUCAGGAAACUGAUCACUGCCGUUCUGUGACGAAUAUUACGUGAUUGCUUGCUGAACUAAUUCGACUAAGAACAUCAUCAUUGACUGAGUGUAGGUGGUAUUUUUAGUGAUCUAUAUGUUCGAAUGAUCAUCGUAGAAUAAUUCAAAACUUGAUUAUGACGUUUUGCAUACGAGAGAUUCACUUGAAUGCUUUCAUAUUUGAAUGAUCAUUUACUGAUUUUUAUCCAGUGAAUUCCUUUAUUGAAUGACAGGUUGUCAAAUGAUUAACUUGAAUGUUUUUUCACAAUGGAAUGAAAAAAACCUACUGUUUUUUUUCAUUCUUAUCAUAAUCGAAUAAUGGGUUAUUGAAUCGCAUUAUUCUCGUCGAUCGUUAUAGAAUGUAUUCCCCAAAAACAUAUCAGUUGCUAAAUGAUUCUAAUUUUCGAAAGCUUUUCUAAUAGAAUGAUAAGUUAUUAAGCAAUUAACGUGAAUGUUUUGAUUAUAAACCAAUAGAUUAUCGAGUGGGGUAUAUCAUUAUGUUGCGACAUUUUUUUUCUUAUGCAACUGAACUGAAGUCAAUUUGAAAUUUUAUACAUUUUUAUUUUUUUAAGUAGAAGUAUAAAGUUAUCUCUCUGAGUUCUGAAAUGCAAAAAUCGUUUUUCAAAGAAUAUUCAAUCUUUAAUGUGUGGAUUUUCUUAUUAUUUUCUUCUUCUUUAAACACAGUCUUGCUUAAAUUCUCUUCGUAUACUUUUAGUCACAAUGGUAUUAAGCAUUAAACCAAUCAUUUCACUUAACUGAAUCAAGGCUGAAGUUUUACCUCUUUUUCAGAGUUUGUAAACAUACAUAAUGUUUAUAGAAAAGGAAAUGAUGAAAUAGUUAAUGUGUAUUCGAAUUCGAAAAUGCAAAUUUGAAGUGUCUAAAAUGAAAUUGUUGCAAGUCACAGAAAUCAUUCGUAUAUUGUCAUGUUUUUGUAAAU